AUGUAUAUUGUUGUCGUACACUGCAAAUACGUAAUGCCUUUACCAGAGUUAAAAGAUUUAAAGACAAAAUAUAAAAAAGGAAAAAGUGAAUAUUUUCGAAAUUUUAAUCCAGCAUUAUAUAUCAAAAAUGAAUGGUUAUGUGGAUGUGAAAUAAAACAAGCUCUUUUCUGUUUUCCUUGUUUACUUUUUGGUGGUGAAACAGCUUGGACUAAAAUAGGAGUUACUGAUUUGCAAUAUCUAAAUGCGAAAAUUGUUAAGCAUGAAAAUUCAUUCAAACAUAUUCACAAUGCGACAAACUUGAAUUUGUUAGGCAAAGUUGAUAUAAGACAUCAAAUUGAUAUUGGUUAUAAAAUAGGUAGCCAACGCCAUAACGAGUUAGUAGAUAAAAAUCGCUAUGUUCUAGAUAAAAUUCUAAAUUGUAUUAAAUGCUGUGGUAAACACGAAUUACCACUACGAGGUCAUGAUGAAAAAACAUCUUCAAAAAAUCAGGGCGUUUUUCGUGGAAUUCUCGACCUUUGUACUGAUUUAGAUUCUAGUUUGCGUGAUCAUUUUGAAAAAUCUACUGUUUUUAAAGGAACUUCCAAAACAAUUCAAAAUGAUUAUUGGAUUCUAUUCUGUCAAUAUGAAGUACAAGGUCGACCUGUUGAGCGGUUUUGGGGUUUUGAGAAUCCAAAUGGACAUAAUGCCGAAGCAUUAUCACAAACUAUUUUUGGUUUAAUUGAUCCACUUCUGGAAAAAUCGCCUAAUAAAUUGAUUGCUCAGUCAUACGACGGUGCAGCGGUUAUGAGUGGCCAAAAAGGUGGUGUUAAUGUGAAGAUAAAAGAAAAGUAUCCAUUCGCCUUUCUUAUUCACUGUUAUGCUCACCAAUUGAAUCUAAUAAUGAUACAAUCAAUUUCAAAAAAUAAGCAAAGGGUAUCAGUGUUAGAUGAAGUAGUCGGUGUUCGUUUGCCAAGAGCAGUACAGACUCGAUGGAACUUUAAUAUAAGAACCGUUAAUACUGUUUUUGAACACAGGGAAGACUUGAUUAUUUGUAUGGAUAAAAUAAUUGAAACAUCUUUAGUAUCUUUACAAGCUAAAACAAUUAAUCAAGCCACUGGUAUUAAAAGGCUCCUAGAAGAUACUGAUUUUAUUUUUUGGCUGAAUAUUUUUCAUAAAAUUAUGCCACAUGUUGACUGUAUAGUUCUGUCCAAGCUAGAAAAACAGACCCUGUUCAAGCAAAUAACUCGGUAA